AUGUUUUUUUUUUUUACAGCAAUAUUUCUUAUUGCAUUACCAUAUACAGUUACACAAUGGCAAUGUAUCUUUUGCUAUUAUCCAUAUCAACCACAACCAUAUCCAGAUUUCUAUCCAUUUUAUCCAUCAAUUAUUACACCUGCUACACCAGUUCCAUCCUAUUCAUCUAUUGGUCCAUGUGUAAACGGUCAAUGUCCAACCGGACACGGAUGUUAUAAUUCACAAUGUAUACCUGUGUCCAAUAAUUGUGAGUAUUUCAGAUAUUAUAUUUAUAACAAAAAUUUUCCAUUAUGUUUUAUUAUAUUGAUUAAAAAUCAGAAGAAACUUGUGAAAUUAUCAAAUACUGCAGAUUAA